AUGUUUGAGCAAACGGUUUCGGACCAUUCUGGCCAGCCGUCUGCCGAAAGCGUGCCGAGCCCACUGCAAACUCGUCAAGCGUUGGUUUGCACUGGUGUGUUCGCAUUCAUGGAAGCGAGUGCUGACAUCUGGCGGCCCACCGUCUCGCCGUCGCGCUACGGCGCUAAACCUGUAUAG